AUGAAUGAAGAAGAUCUUCCUGAAGAUUUGAAUAUCGAAUCAGAUGAUGAAGAAACUGAAUUACGAAUUCAAGAUGAACAAAAGAUAGAAAGUACCAUGAGAAAUGUGACAGAAAUAAAUGUGAUGAACAUGACAGAAAUUUCCAAUGAUCAACAGCAACAAUCAGCAGAACCCAGCAUUGGGAGGAACAUGACGAAUGUGACAGAAAUUCUCAAUGACCAACAGCAGCAACCAGCAGAACUCACCAUCAGGAGGAACAUGACGAACAUGAUAGAAAUUUUCAAUGACCAACGGCAGCAACCAGCAAAACUCACUAUUGAGAGGAAUGUGACGGACAUGACAGAAAUUCCCAAGAGAAAAACAAAAAAAAUUACCAACCUACAAUUGCAACAGCAAAUAGAAAACACCAUUGAAAAAAAAAUAUUGAGCGACAAGCAGAGGAAAUUAGCAACUCAGGAAGCACUAGUACUUACGUCAAUAACUCUCAUCAUACUUCAGUUACAGUUUCAAUAUGAUAGUGAUGAAUGCAAUACAUUACGCAACAUUAUUAACUUACCUACUGAUCACCAUCAAAUUGAUCGUUCAAGUACUGAUAGAAAGCUUCUCAUAUGCAAAGUGAUUGGAAUUGUCGAUGAUGAGCUUUACAAAUUAGGGUGUAAGUCAGGAAUACUGAAUAUUUGUUAUAAUGUAGUAGAAUUGAUUCCUACAAGAGCCACAGAUUUUUCAGAAUUACAAGAAAUACCAAAUACCUUGAUUUCUUUAUGCGAAACAUCAUUGUGUCAAAGCUGGGGAGAAAUGACAGAUUAUCAAUAUAAUUGUAGAGGAAGUUGCAAAACUAAUCAUUGUAAUUGUAAGAAAGCUGAAGUCUUGUGUGGAGCAUGGUGUCAUGAUGAUGGUAGCAGUAUUUGUGAAAAUCAAAGAGAAUAA